AUGGUUCUCGGUCAAAGUCAGUCAGACAGAGAAGUACAGUCUAGUGACACAAUGCGCGCGGAGGCGAACGAACACACUCAGAAUCGAGAGCGUAAGGAGCGAGAUCGCAGCAAUGCGUAUACUGCAACACCCCGCCCAGACUCUGUGUUCGGUGGAUCUGAUUCCCUUACUGCAGCUGCUGCAUUCAGGGAAGACGGUAUCACAACUGUUGUUUUCCGGAAGAAGCUGCAAGCCGAAGAUGAAUUUGACCACUCUAUCCAGGGACCAAUGACAGUCAUAUGGGCGAAAGGAGCCGAUCCGGAUUAUUAUCAGCAUACAACUGGAGGAGCUCCGAUCAAGGCCGAUCCAAAUUUCUUCUCAAGCAAUGUUUUCAAAUAUCACGGCCGCAAUCAACGUGGAGUGCUCACAAUCGACUUCUUCAAAGAGACACCAAGGAAGGAGAAACUCAAACAUGGUCUUCAUAUUGACGCCUCCACCUGCUCGGGAAGUUUCUCAUUCCCAGCUGAUUGCUCUGAAACCGACAGCGAAACUCCAUGCCAGUACGUGCUGAAAUGGAUUAGUGAUGGCGAAGUGGCUAGAUUCAGUGUCGAGGCACUGAUGAAAACUUCUCAAUGGGUGGCGAUCGGCUUUUCGACCGACGGUGGAAUGGCCAGUUCAGAUGCGGUGAUUGUCGGCAUUCAAAGAGAUGGCGUAAUCACUGUCACCGAUCAGUUCAUGCCCAACUAUGGCCGGCCGGUUAUUGAUGAACAACAGGACAUCUUCGAUGUUGAGACAAACUACGAGGAAGGAAAACUUACGGCUAAUUUCUCACGAGAACUGCUCAGCGAUGACAAGAACGACAACUGCGUGCAUCUGCUCUUCACCACCACUGCUAGUCAAAUCGAACCAACAGGAGAGAUUCGCAAACACGGAGAGACACCAAUCGCCAGUCCAACCAAGGUGUGCCUGAACACUUGCUCUGAGCUGCCUUCGACGGUGAAAAUACCGAAAGGCGGUGCGAAAGAGACCGGUAAACUACCGGCAGAGACGGUCACAACCACAACAACAACAAAGGCUCCUGUUGAGACGACGAGAAAGACCACCACUUACGUGCAAAUGCCACCAAUCAUCAAGCAAGCUCGUUGUCCUAAAAAGUCCUAA